UAUAAUAUGCCGCGUAGGGGAUGACUCCGUCUGCUGCAUUAUUAAAAGGCUUGAAAAAGUCGGCACUCUCCAAAUAUCUUGAAGAAAUAGAUGCGGAUCAUCACAAACAAGCUGCCCUAAAAUCCACUUAAUCAUCAUGAUGGAGCCUUCUUCCGAGUCAAUGCUAUCCGUCUUGCUUGCAUAAUUUCAUCAGACCAAUGAGAAACCGGACGUCCGUCAAGACGUCCGUCGACAGUCCCAUUAAGUGACGGUGCCCCGCUCUAGGGCUGUUCCCGCACGUUUUUCCCGGUCUUCACGUACCGAAGGAACAUCGUCCUCUCCCCACACCGUUCGACGAGCAACAGACCAAUGAGAAACCGGACACCCGCUAAGGGUGGUCCGUCAAAAAAAAAGCCUGCAUCAUAAACCGUAGCCAAUCAACCGUUAUAAGAAGAUCGAACGGUCUGAACCAACGGACAUGAAUAAACGGAACGCAUCGCCGGUACAGCACUUGCGCAUAACGUGUUCCUGACUUGCUCGUUCGCCGUGGGACCCAUCAUCUGCCGCACCCUUCUUCUUGCUCUCUUCCUCUUCAAACCCACCAAGCAAAGAAUACUUGCUUACCGGCUAUAAUAUUAUCUCCUCUUUCGGUUUUCUAUCUUUCGGUUCCGAUGGCUCCUCCACUUUCUAUCCUCCUCUCUCUCUUAUUCUCCUGCUCGCUCUUCUUUCCUCUCUCCUCCUCCUCGUCUUCUCCAGGCCCCGUGUCUCUCCCACUCCACCGCCUCUCCCUCCUUCCCCACCCGGAGCCGUUCCAGAGGCUCGCGGGGCUCGCGAACGCCUCCGUGUUCCGCGCCUCCCUCCUCAAAAAUCCCAAAACUGCCACUCACCCCGCCCGUGCCUCGCUGUUCCCCCACUCCUACGGCGGCUACUCCCUCACGCUCGCUUUCGGUACCCCUACCCAGAAAAUCCCCCUCCUCCUGGACACCGGCAGCCAGCUCACCUGGAUCCCCUGCACGGCGUCCUACCAAUGCCGCCGCUGCGCCUCCCUGGCCUAUCCCGCCGGCCCCACCGCCGCCUUCCUCCCCAAGCCCUCCUCCUCCGCCCGCCUCAUCGGAUGCCGGAACCCCAAGUGCUCCUGGAUCCACUCGCCGGAGCUCCUCUCCCGCUGCAAGGACUGCCCCUCCUCCACCAAUAAUUCCUCCUCAUCUGGCUGCCCCGUGGUUUGCCCGCCCUAUGUUUUCAUCUACGGAUCCGGCUCCACCGCCGGCGUCCUCCUCUCCGAGACCCUCUCCCUCCCCGGCCGCACCGUCACCGACUUCGCCGUUGGCUGCUCUGUCUACUCCGACGGCCAGCCUGCCGGCGGCAUCGCCGGAUUCGGCCGCGGCGCCCCCUCCAUCCCCGCCCAGCUCGGCCUCAAGCGCUUCUCCUACUGCCUCAUCUCCCGUCGCUUCGACGACGACGCCGCCGAGAGAGGCUCCGUCGUCCUCGACGGCGCCCGCGACUCCAGCGCCGACGCCGUCUCCUUCACCCCUUUCCUCAAAAACCCCUCCCCCUCGCCCUCCGCCGCCGACCUAUCGGCCUUCUCCGUCUACUACUACGUGGGGCUCCGCAAGAUCACCGUCGGCGGGAAGAAGGUCAAGAUCCCGUACUCGACGCUCGUCCCGGGGCCCGACGGCAACGGCGGCACGAUCGUGGACUCCGGCACUACCUUCACCUACAUGGAGCCGGCGGUGUUGGAGCCCGUGGCCGCGGCGUUCACGGAUCGGCUGGCCGGGCGGUUGAACCGGUCUACCACCGUGGAGCGGCAGACGGGGUUGCGCCCCUGCUUCGCGGUGCCGCCGGUGGCGGCAGCGAAGAAGCUGGAACUGCCGGAGAUGGUGCUCCACUUCAAGGGCGGAGCGGAGAUGCGGCUUCCGGUAGAGAACUACUUCGCCUUCGUCGGGGAGUCGCGGGAGGCGGCGGCGGUCUGCCUCACCGUCGUCUCUGACGGCGGCGUCGCCGGCGGUCCGGCGAUCAUUUUGGGGAGUUUUCAGCAGCAGAAUUACUACAUGGUUUACGAUUUGCAGAGGGAGCGCUUGGGGUUCCGGCGGCAGUCGUGUAUCGGCUCGUAGCUCUUUUCGGAUUCGGAACGGCGAGAUUAACUGCCAAAAGGGUUGAUUAAUUAAAAUAUUAACCUUAAUUAUUAAAUAAUGAUAUCUGUGAGACUUGUAUGGAAAAAGGUUGGAAUAAACUUGUUCUGGAAUUGUUUAAUUGUUGGGAAUUCAAAGAAGGAUCAGGGCCAUCGAGUUGGAAUCGGAUGGCUCUGAUCUGUUGGCUUGGUUUGAGUAAA